AUGCAAAAGAGCUCCGGCGAGAUACCUUGUCGAGCUCGUGUAGAUGGUCUGCAGCCAGGAACCAGGUACUCGUUCGUCUUGGCCGCGACGAAUGCCCUUGGCACAGGCUGCUGGUCGACGCUCUCUACACCGCUGGUGACCCCUCCUGCAGCCCCUGCCCCUCCGGUCAGUGCAGUUGCUACGGUGAGUGUCGAUGCGGAGCAGCAAGUCGUGGUGACCGUCAGUUGGGAGUGCUGCGAGGAGCCCGGAAGUGGCGCUCUCGCAGCCUUCGAAGUGCAGCUUGUACCUGCAGAGCUCCAGCAUGUCCGCCCAGCGUCUGACAGGCGCCUUCUCUGCGAGCGCAUCGCUGCACAGAACAUGCGGGCAGGGCAGAGGAUUUGCUGGGCCAAAGCCCUUGCAGCUCCAGGCUACUACCUCGUCGAGGUGACUGCAGAAAACAUCGCAGGGCAGAGAAGCGCAGCUGCGGUACUGACACUGGAGGUACGCCCAGAGGUCUUUCCGCCCUCCAUUGCAGAGCUCAUUCCGCCGGUGCCGAGCUGGAGUGAGGAGUCGCUGCUGGUUUUGGGCCCUGCAGCCUCCUCGGCCCAGCGCUUUGCGGACCUGGACGCGAGCACAUGGCUUCAGACGCUGCUUCUCUGGAGAGAUCGUGACACACCAGCCCAGGCUCGUGGAGUCCAGCGGCUCUCUUCUGGGACUCUUCCGUCCUCCAUAGACGUCCUCUGCUUCUUCCGGCGUCCAGGUUCCGGACAGGUCUUCCGGGCAGUUCUCGCAGCGCAGGUGACGACCAGCCGGUUGCAGGUGGCUCUGCCGCCUCAUGUCCCGAUGUCGCUGCGACUCGCUGUCAACAUGGAUCCCACCGUGGCGGCCCAUGUGUCAGGUGGUCAGGUGAUGAGUGAGCCACUCGUGGUCUUGAUGUCCGAAGAGGGCGAGCGACUGCGGCCGACCUGGGAGAUCUGGUCCAGGCCUGCUACCGCAGCACGACAAGCGCCCAGGUGGACGAGCUUGCCACAGGAGCUCAUUGAGAGCAUUGAAGCUGCUUGGCUCGAGGGUCACCCAAAGGCUGGAAUUCGGGUUGUGAUUCCUGUUCACCGCGCGAGUCUGGACGCAGUUGCACCUUGCAGAUCCGUAAGAUUCAGAUGCCAUUCCUCUCUGUGGUUCGUUGCUUUCCGAAAACUUCAAGGAGCCAUGGGCCACAGCACAGUAUUUCCAUAG